UAUAAGGAAAUUGAAAUAUAACAUAUGAAUGCCUACUGUACAUGUCAAUGGAUUACUGAUAGACUGUGAAGCUUCACAUUGCGUAUACUAACAUGAAAUUAUUUUACGAAACUGUACAUCCUGGUUUCGGAUAAAGGUAAUGGUCACAGGCUGCAUAGGUCGUUUUACAGUGUGACAUUUAUAAAGUGAGCGUUCAGUUGUAACUGCUUUAGUGCGCUCGAGUAGCGGAAUUUACGUCUGUAUGGAUUCGAUGAUUUGUAUAUCAUAGUGUGUGACAUUCGUGAGUGUGUAUGAGGUGUAGAUCGAUGGAUGCGCCCUUUUUUCGACUCCUCCCACAGAGGAAAAAAAAACAGUCCGCAUAGUUUCCGGAAAUUAGUAAACUCGUGAUGGCAGGAGGCGAGGCAGAGAGAAGAUGAGCUGUGGACUGUGUGAAAAGCCAGACUUUUUGGAAAGGGUUUUCUGAACACAACGACAUCUGAAACUAUAAUGGGAACGUUAAAAACGACGAAAGGCAGAUGUGUCAGAAAGCCGUUGGCUGACAAUGCCAUGAACUGAAAGACGGAGGAUCUGAGGAUCUGUCAGCACCGCUAACCGCUCGGUUUGCUUCCUAGUCUGGAUUUCCUCACCUUCAGCUAAUAUGACACGACAUGCUCUGGAACAGGUGACAGAUUUCGGGGAUUUUACAAGAGGUAAAGAUCUGAAAGAGUUUUUAAAACAGUCUUAUUCCAACACCUCCUCCAAAAACUGCUUGUCGAACGUACGAGUUAGUCCAGAUGGGCGACACAUUCACGUCAUCCUCCACACACCGAAAAGUGGUCUUAUGACAUAUGACAAAUAUCAAAGAGCUCAUCUUGUACAAUGCCAGAAGCAUCUCGAUUUAGUACUGACACGGAAUGUUCCAGUAGUUGACCUAAUUUAUUUCGACCAAAGCAACACAGAAGAUGGUGCCAAUCUGCUCGGGGUAAUAUUUGAGAACGGCAAAGUGGAGUUCUGGAAAUUCUCUGAGCGGAAAUCGGGAUGGAACCUACUGCAAACUUCGGAUCUGUGCAACAGCCCCAGAGCAAAAAUCGUUUCUGUCAGCAUCAGUCAGAAUUUUAUCAUCUGGUGUGAGGAGAGACCUCCCUCAGAGAGCUCUGCAGGCUCCGGUGUGUCUCGCAAUAACUACAGGUUCUGCAUCUGUAAAAGGACAUUUGAAGUAGAUGAGGUGGGUGUCUGUUUGGGGGGGGUGAAAAUUGCGUUGCACAACAAUCCUCGUUAUCUGGUUGUCAGUUCUGGGGAUAUUGUAUAUUUGUUACCGGACAUAAAAGAGCAUCCACUCAUCACUGUUUCAAACGUGUUUUUAACCUGGUCCCCUCAACAUGACAUCUUUAAGUUCCACAGUGUCAGUAUGGGAACACUGCUUGUCAGAAAUUCCACAUCACAUAAGGAGUCUGACUUUAAGAGAUUGGUCACUGACUGCAUUGGAAUUCUCUCCACCACCAAUCCUCCUGAUAUCUGUGGUUUUUGUCCUGCUGGAUGUGGGGAUCUCCUGCUCCUCCUCAGCUCUGGAUGGGUUUGCGUAAUGCAGAGAGAUGGCAUUCUCCGGCAGAUUUAUAAACUGCCUGACAAUUGCCUUGCUGCCUGUGGGAUACAAAACAGUCUAAACCUUUACCAUGAUAUGCUUGCAUUAACAGUAGGCAAGAUGAUGUACUUGAUUGAUGCUAAGUGUGGCCUGGAGUUGGAGAGGAUCUCUCUGAAAAGGGAGGGCCUCCUCUUUGUUAACUGUUUGGAGAGUAGUUCCCCACAGAUGCUCUCAGAAGCUGGGUUAUUUGUGGUCAUCCAGAGGGAGGUAGAAGCUAAACUUAAGCCAUUGGUAUCUCAUUCAGAGAACAUUAGCCCAAGUGCAGUCUUGGCUGAGGCUGUGUUUGAGGAAGCAUGUAAAUAUUACCAACAGCGAAGUCUUAGCAGCACACAGCUAACAGCUGAGAAACUCAAGAAGGGCGGGAUGUUUCAGGCACCUAUCUCACUGGCAGCCAUCAUCAGGGAUUACUUGAGCAACCAGAAGAUGAAAACUGCAGGGAAAGACUCUUUAGGACAUGAGAAACUGUUAAGCUCCCUUGACUCUGAGCUCAAAAGUCUUGUUGGACUGGAAGACAUUAAAACAGCAGUGUUGAAGGCCUCAGAGAAAGAUCUAAAAAAUUACUGUGAGACCCUGGUUCAGCAGGAAGUCUCUAGACUACUCAGCUCAGAGAUAGAUAGGGAAAACCUUCAGUACCUGAAUAGUAUCUUCAGCCUGUUCCCCACUGAGACCUGGCAAGCCAUACAGGCUAUCCUUCAGCUCAGAUGUAAUGGUGAGGGCUCACUAUCUAGCAAGGCCCCUGCUGAAUUAUGGAAGAUUGUGCUUAGCCCUGUCCAAACAACAACUAACUUUAACCACUGUAAUGGUCAGCAGAAGCAUGUCCCAGCCAAUGUUUCACUGCCUGUCUUUGAGCUGCUGUGUCAGUCCAUCUUCAAAUUCCAGCCAAGCUGGCUUCCCAGGUUUCUGGAUCUGGCACAGCACCAGGCUGGUGCCUCCUCCACUUCUUCCUGGAGUUAUGGAGUAAAGGAAAGCUCAGAGAGCCUACCUUUAUAUAAGCGGGCCCUUGCUGUCCUCCCUUGCAAAGGUGCCUACCAAGACCUGGAAGUGGAGCUACUCUUGUGUAGUCAGCGGCCUAAUGCAGUAAUGCAAGCCCUCCGCAUCCUCAUGGGGCUAGGACGGUGGGAUCGUGUUACGCAGGUGGCAGAGAGGUUCUGCCGCCAAAGCCCCCUUCUCAACAAAGAGAUUUUUACCACCCUGCUGUGUGAGGUGGCCCAGCACAGAGACUUGGACCCCUACCUGGACUUACUGUGGACGCUUUGCCCAGAGGACUUGACUGUUACCGGAAUACUGAACAUUGUUCUGAAAAACCUUCCCUCCACCACACAAUCAUCAGGACCAUUCCAGGGGCACUCUAAUGGCAGCCACCUUACCAUCGGGCUCCUGAAACCUCUGCUGCGUAAAGUUUUGCAACGGGAGACGAAACCUAGCCAGAGGUACGCAGACAUCCUACAAUCACCUUCUCACCCUCCCCCUACACCUCCGCGUCAAGUUAAAGAGCUAGCAAGAGUCAACACUGAGUUGGACAUGGACCUCAGUGAGAGAGGUCCCUCUGAGUCUCAAGUCAGCCCUGCCUGACAUUCCCACCCACAAAUCACCUCACUGUCUUCAAGGACUGUCUUUCAUGCAUGAGAUCUUUGGUUUAUCUUUGGUUUUAGAUGGUCCAGAAUGAGAUAUGGGGCUCUCGGUGAUCAAAAGCUUAAAAAGGAUUGUUUGGUUUGUAGUGAACAGCAGAGUUAGAGUAUUUUAUUAUAAGGUAGUCGGCACACAGGAUUUUAUAAUUGAAAAAUUUUAUCAUUCCUAAAUUUUUGAGGUGUUUUGUUUGUUUUACCUUAUUUCAUCUCCAUGGGAGGUCACUGUUUCUAGUAUGGACACAUUCCCUUUUAAGUUAAAUGUGUCAGUAAUUGGGAAUCUUGGUGAAUCUUUGUGAAAACUGCGUAAGUUGGUUUUAAGAAGAAAUUUCUUUGUAUGAACGGUUUCAUGGCAUACUGUAGUGAACAUGACUUACAAGUUACUUUGGUUACAAAAGGGCCAUUCAACAAACUUCUCUUAUUCUAGGCCCCAGACUGGGUCAAGGGUUAGGGAGACUCGGGGGGGCAAAUGGAGCAACUUGAGGUCUGGUGCCUUGUGUAGCUGCAGUGAUUAGAAGGACAUUAGAGUAGAACACUUAGUUGUUUCUGGUGUGGAACCCAGUGAGCCAAGGCUGCCAGCUCCUGACAGUGAAAUUUUCUUGACACUACAUUACAGAAACUGUAGCUUAAAUGUGCAUCAUAAAUUACAGGACAUCACAUAUGCAUCAUAGCAGAGACUUGAAUGUUGUCAUUAAUGAGAUGAACAUGCUAUAUGACAGUGUAUUUUGUCUCAAAAUAUGCUUGAUUAAUUUUAUGCUUAUAAAUGCCUUUAAAAUAUAGUUUGCUUCUGAAAACAUGACCUUUCACUGAUAUACUGGUAUAGAAACAAAAUAUCAGAAACGGUUCUAUUAUUGAAAAUGUAAUGGAAUAUAAUUAAAGACUGUUGUAUUCUAAGCACAUUUAUGUGACUCUGAAGUUAUUUUAAAGGUGUUCUUUGAUUAAUUUACUGUGUUUAUGUUCUAUGAUGUUGCACUAAAAUUAAUUGUUUGACAUAA